UUCAGCUGGAAAUUGUAGCGUCAUUCAGUUUCGUCUGACACAGUGAUUGCAUUGGCAGGAUUUGACAGGAUAGUAGGUUUUCAGCGAGAAAUACAAUAAUGGCAUUACUAGCAAGCAACGGAAAAGGACAUUUACCCGAUUAUGAGGUACAGGGAGCAAGAAAAGUGAGCUUUAGUCCGUAUUCUGACAACGGAGGGAGCGUAGUGGCUCUAGCAGGAGAUGAUUUCUGCGUCAUAGCCGCAGAUACGCGUCUCAGUACAGGAUUUUCAAUUUACACUCGACACCAGGAUAAAUUGUUCUCCCUGUCGAAAUCUACCAUCCUAGGAUGCUGUGGUUGCUGGUGCGACACCUUGACUUUAACUCGUCUCUUGUCUGCUCGCAUGCAGAUGUACAAACAUGAACACCAAAAGGAGAUGACAACUCCGGCGACAGCACAGAUGCUCUCAAUAAUGCUGUAUCACAAAAGAUUCUUCCCUUACUACGUCAGCAAUAUACUCGCCGGAUUGGAUGAAAAUGGGAAAGGCUGUAUAUACAGCUAUGAUCCAAUUGGUCAUUGUGAAAGAACUACGUAUAGGGCAGGUGGUUCCGCUGGUGCACUUCUGCAACCACUUCUCGAUAAUCAGAUUGGCUACAAGAAUCAGGAAGGCGUCACUCCCGCACCCUUGACUCUAGAAAAAGCUGUGGCAGUUCUGAAGGAUGUUUUUACCUCCGCGGCUGAGAGAGACAUAUACACCGGCGAUGGAAUAACCAUUAAAAUUAUCACGAAAGAUGGAACAGAAGAAACCAAUUUCGAGCUGAGAAAGGACUAGCGGAUGUGUGCAAAGGCAUUUAUUAUUCUGUCAUUCAUUGUAUUAUGAUGUAUGCGAAAAUAAAGUUAUUUGAAUAUUUAAAAA